CGAUCUUUGGCGACACCGGCAGGGAAACAGUGGCGGGGAAAGUUUUCCGCCUCCUCUUUGUUGUCACUCCAUUAUUGUAGCCAAGCUACGUUCCCACCGCUGCUUAUUUAUCGAAAAACCACCAUGAGGCGCACUAGAAGUUCGAGAAAUAAAAGUCAGAGUGCACAAGAAACUGAAGAGGUCUUGCCAAAAGCAGUGUGGCAGUGGGAGGGAGAUGAAGGACAAUGGGAGCCGUACUCGCCUGCACUCUGCGCCUUGUUGGACUCUGCCGUGUCUUCGGGAGACGCUGCUGUCUCUCUGCCUCUGGGCUCCGGGACGAGCUACGAAGUCGACCUGAAGAAGAUGGUCCAGAUUAAUCCCGUCACCAAGUACAAGAGGAAGAUUCGCUCUCAGACGGUAAAACCAGAAAGUUUGGCCGAGGCAGGUGAGUUGGCUGCUCAAAACAGUUCAGCUCCACUCAAAGAGGAAGAGACGGAGAAGCAGCCUGCAGCCAAGAGGAAGAGAGCGCAGAGCAAGAGUCAGACUAAAACCGAGGAGAUGCCCAAAGAAGAAAUAAAGAGUGAAGAGGUCGUGAGGACGGUGAUCAUGAAGGGAAAAGCCCCAGUGGACCCUGAAUGUAAAGCUAAGCUGGGAAAGGCUCAUGUCUACAGUGAAGGAAAUAAUGUUUACGACGUGAUGCUCAAUCAGACAAAUCUUCAGUUUAACAACAACAAAUAUUACCUGAUCCAGCUGCUGCAGGACGACAGCUCCAAGGCGUACAGCGUGUGGUCGCGAUGGGGCCGGGUGGGAAAGGUGGGUCAGAGCAAUCUGGCACCUUGUGGGGGAGACCUGCUGAAAGCCAAAGAUGUCUUCAAGAAGAAAUUUUUAGACAAGACCAAGAACGAUUGGGAACACCGAGCGAGUUUUGAGAAAGUACCUGGAAAAUAUGACAUGGUGUUCAUGGACUACAGCACGAGCAAAAAGGAGGAGAACCAGACCGCUGUUGAUGCUGCACCCAAAAAGAGGACCUGCAAGCUGGAUGUGAAGGUCCAGUCGCUCCUGGAGCUGAUCUGUGACAUCAAAGCUAUGGAGGAGUGUGUGCUGGAGAUGAAGUUUGACACCCGGAAAGCUCCUCUCGGCAAGCUGACCACAGAGCAGAUCCGCGCAGGCUACGCGGCGCUGAAGAACAUCGAGGAGUGCUUAAAGAAGAAGGGCAACGGUCGGGAUCUGCUGGAAGCGUGCAACCAGUUCUACACCCGCAUCCCUCACGACUUUGGGUUGAAAACGCCUCCAAUUAUUCACACGGAAGAUGAGCUUAAGGAAAAAAUUUCACUUUUGGAGGCUCUGAGUGACAUUCAGAUAGCUGUGAAAAUGGUCCAGUCCAGUAAAGACGGUGACGAACACCCUCUGGACAGACAGUACUGCUCCCUUCAAUGCCAGAUGCAGCCUCUGGACUCCGGCAGCCACGAGUACAAGGUGAUAGAAAAGUAUCUCCAUUCCACUCACGCCUCCACGCACUGUGACUACACCAUGACCCUCCUCGAUAUCUUCUCAGUGGACCGACAAGGGGAGAGGAACAACUUCCUGUCACAGAUGCACAACAGGACUCUGCUGUGGCACGGCUCCCGCCUGUCCAACUGGGUCGGAAUCCUCAGCCAGGGGCUCCGAGUGGCCCCCCCCGAGGCCCCCGUCACUGGUUACAUGUUCGGUAAAGGGAUCUACUUCGCUGACAUGUCGUCAAAGAGCGCCAACUACUGCUUCGCCAGCCAGAACAACCACGUGGGCCUGCUGCUGCUGUGUGAGGUCGCCCUGGGAGACUCCAACGAGCUGCUGGACGCCGACUACGAGGCCAACAACCUGCCUGCUGGGAAGCACAGCACCAAAGGGCUGGGACGGACCGGACCCCACCCGCAAACCUCCGUCAAUCUGGACGGCGUCACCGUGCCGAUGGGCCCGGCCGUGGAGACGGGCGUGGGUAAAAACCGUUGCUACUCCCUCCUGUACAACGAGUUCAUUGUGUACAACCCUGCACAGACUCGCAUGCGGUACCUGCUGCGGAUCAAGUUCAACUACUCCUCCUUGUGGUGAGACGGAGGUGCUGCGUCUUUUUGAGUCAAAUCACUUCUGAAAAUGGGUUAUAAUGUUGUUCAUGCUGCUUUGUCUCAUCUUCAUAUCAAUGUAAACUGUAUCGUGUUCAGGUUCUUCAGGCUGGUGUGACGAGAGCAUUUCUACUGAAUAAUUAUCUAAAUUGAUCUUAAUGUGUCUUUUAAUUGGCAUGAACUGAAAUGGAACGUUUUCAUGUGUUUUAAUUCUCUGUAGUGGUGAACAUGCUUUGACAACAUCACAUACAGUACAAACAUUUUUAAUGAACUUUAUAUGUAAAAAGAGAAAUGAACAGCAGAAAUCCUAUUUUAGUUAAUAGAGGAGUUACAGUGUAUAGAAAUAAUAAAGACAUUUUAAACGUGA